GGAUCAGAGAGACGGGAGAGUUGACGUCGCCGGAGCUGCGGGUUUAUACGGCCAUCCCGGUAAAGCGGUUAUACAAGCCGGUGUACGUGCGCUCUUUCUGGGAGCCGGCGCAGGGGUCACCACGGCGAGGGCGCCGAGCGAGAGCCCGGAAACUCCUCUCAGCUGCUGCAGCCACGGCUUUGAGGUGCCAUGAUGAGGAAAGUCAUCCUGCUGUUGUUGCUGCUGUGCUUCACGGCGCAUACCAGGGGAAAACUCCACAGCCCUCCAGCAAAGCCCGGACUCACCAGCUGUCGUUCUCCCGAAAAAGAGACCUUCACCUGCUGGUGGAAGCCCGGCUCCGAUGGGGGGCUGCCCACUACUCAUGCCCUGUACUAUCGCAAAGAGAGCUCGGAGACAGUGUACGAGUGCCCGGACUACCACACCGCUGGAGAGAACUCCUGCUUCUUUAACAAGAACGACACGUCCAUCUGGGUCAACUACAACAUCACGGUAGUGGCCACCAACGCACUGGGCAGGGCCUUCUCUGACCCCGUGGAAAUAGAUGUGGUCUACAUUGUCAAGCCUAAUCCUCCAGAGAAGGUAACAGUGACUGUGAUGGAGGACAAGGGCUGGCCCUUCCUCCGGGUGUCAUGGGAACCGCCACAUAAGGCCGACACCCGCUCGGGUUGGAUCACUCUCAUCUACGAGCUCCGCGUCAAGUUGGAGGAGGAGAUUGACUGGGAGAUGCACCUUGCAGGCCAGCAGAAGAUGUUUAACAUUUUCAGCCUGCGGUCAGGUGGUAAAUACCUCGUAGAGGUGCGCUGUAAACCGGACCACGGCUUUUGGAGUGAAUGGAGUUCCACUUCCUACAUCAAAGUUCCUGACUAUUUUCAUCGAGAGAAGUCUACAUGGAUUCUUAUAACGGUCUUUUCUACCUUUACCUUCCUCAUCCUCAUGUGGUUGCUCCACAUGAACAGACACAAUCUGAAGCAUUGUAUUCUGCCACCUGUCCCUGGUCCUAAGAUUAAAGGAUUUGAUAAGCAGCUUCUCAAGAAUGGUAAAUCUAACCAGAUCUUCAGUGCACUGGUGGUGCCUGAUUUCCCUCCGGCCACAUCAUCCAAUUAUGAGGACUUCCAGGUGGAGUACUUAGAGGUUUAUGUCCGCAGGGAGCAGGAGCUGGUGCUGGAGGAAAGCAAGGAUCUACACAACAGUUGCCUCAAAUCUGAGAGCUCCACAUCUGACUGCGACUCUGGCCGAGGCAGCUGCGAUAGCCACACUCUGCUGAUGGCUAAGUGCAGGGAGGCAAAGGAGGGAGAGAGGCAAACAGAUCGGGAAUGCAGUCCGAUGAGGACGGAGGCACAGAGGCGCCUGAAGGACUGGGAGGAGGAAGCGUUGAACUAUGCUCACGCAGGCAUAGUUAGCCUUGAAAUGUCCAGCGGGAGGGUGAAGACCUGGCCCUCUGUGUUUUCUCCACUGCCCCGGUACAGCUCAAGCCCACUGGACCAACAGAGCUCACUUCAGAUGGCGAAACAGCUUUCCCUCUCCACGUCCUCCUACCUCACCCAGCCUGGCCACAGCACCAAGGAGGCUCUAGGACAGAGCUACUGGGACCUUUGCUUGAGCAGCAAGCAACCUCAUCUGCUCAAUCCCCCGACGCCGGUCUGCCGAGAACUCCAGGCCCACAGCGACGUCAACAUCUCCAGCAUCGGCCACAAGCGGGCACCUGCUGGUCCGCGGUCACCCGCUCUCCACACCACCGAGUACGUCGAAGUCCAAAGAGUCGACAAUAAGGACACGUUGCUUCUCCAGCCCGUUGUGCAGGGCUGCGGCCGCAUGGGGGGCUGCUUCCAGAUGCCCCACGGGGAGGUCUACAGCAAAGUGAAGGGGGUGGACAGUGACAACGUGUUGCUGCUUCAGAGAGAGGGGAUGGGAGAAGACAGGUGCCCUUGUGUGGAGCAGGAAACAAAUGAAGUGACAGGGAGCUGCCACAAGUCGUGCACAGUGAGCACGACGCAGAAGCCUUCAGGAUGCAUUUACACUGCCGUGCCGGUACGGGACGAAAUGGCCACGAUGGCGAAUGGCUAUGUUGACACUGCCACCAUGUGCACACUGCACACUUGCUAGGUGCCCAACUGGCAGGUCUGGGACACUGCAAGAUCUGUUUUAGGCCGGGACUGAGACAAAAAACAGGAAGACUGGAUGGCUCAGACAUUAAGUAACAACUUCUGCUCCUGUAUGAGAUGGGUUUUUUUUCUUUCAGAUUACACUUCAGUUACACGUUUUGCGAAUCAAAAUUGAUUGAAUGAUAUGAAUAAUAAUCUUCAGUUAACUUUCUAAAGAAUGAUUGAUUGUAUAUAACUUAUUUGUUACCAUAUGCUGCAUAUUAUGUCUUCAUAUUUCAUAAAUCUUCCUCACCUCGCUGGAAUGUUUCAUUCACUUUUUUAAAAUGCCUUCCAUGAAAUGUAUUGAUGCUGUUGGAAUGUGAGAAUCUGUUAAAAGGAUUUGUGUAAAAUUAAAAUGGCAGAAAGCUCAAAAAUAAAAUGUUUUAGUUUU